GUCUCUAAUUUUGUUUUCAUUUCGAAAUUUUCGUUUGUUUAAUUAAAAAAAUAAAAAGGAAAAUUCGCAUCCCAUAAAUAUAUUAUGUCCUGUUCAUUCUACAACUUCUUUCUUCAAAAGUCUUACUUUCCCGGAUCGGAUCCAUCGAAAUUAGAGGAAUUUAGAAGCGUCAUCAACGCAAAUAUUCAAUCCUUCAAUCUAAAUCUCUUCACAAUCCAAGAAGAAGAAGAAGAAGAACAUUCAAUCUCCAUUGAAGAGACAAAUAAUUAGAUGGAAGUGAUUCUACAUAGAGAAAUUCAACGAAACGACAGCGAAUGAUCGAACCCAGAUUCUAAAAUCCUCCCUUCUUUGGCAAUUUCUGUUUCGUCUUCAUUCUUUGUUUUUAUUUGGAUUUGCAUGUUUGUGUUUUAGAUUGUGUAUACAUAUUUAUGUAUACCUGCCGGGUUUUGUCCGUAUGUAUCAUAUAGGUGUAUGUGUAACAGGUACUGAUCACAAGAGAGAAUUCAAACUGGUCAGAUCAAAAGAAUUAAGUAGGAGGGAAAUCAAAUUUUGUAAUAUAAGUAUAUACUGAAAGAUGGAUGACAAGGAACCUGCAGUGAAGCUAGACGACGAGCAAAUUGCGGAGCUCAGGGAGAUAUUCCGGUCGUUUGACAGAAACAACGACGGGAGUCUGACGCAGCUGGAGCUGGGAUCACUGCUGCGAGCUCUGGGGCUGAAACCUAGCGCCGACCAAAUAGAGACGCUGAUCCAGAAGGCGGACACCAACAGCAACGGGCUGGUGGAAUUCUCAGAAUUCGUGGCUCUGGUAUCGCCGGAACUACUGUCGGCCAAGUCGCCGUACAGCGAGGAGCAGCUCCGGCAGCUGUUCCGGAUGUUCGAUAGGGACGGUAAUGGAUUCAUCACGGCGGCGGAGUUGGCGCACUCGAUGGCGAAGUUGGGGCACGCCCUGACCGCGGAGGAGUUGACGGGGAUGAUCAGGGAAGCGGACACGGACGGCGAUGGCAGGAUCAGCUUCCAGGAGUUCUCUCAGGCCAUCACUUCUGCUGCUUUUGAUAAUUCUUGGGCUUGAAAUUUUUAAAUCAACCCACACCCAUCUACUCUCCCAUCAUCUUCUGGAGUGGUGAUGAUGCUUUCCUGAGCAGCAAACUGAAGCCGCCGGAUGCGCCUGAGAGUUUUCGAUAGUUUGAUCGCAGAUGAUUCAGAAAUCAUUCAUUUCCAUUUUCCACCCCCUACAAAAACAAGAGAAGAGCAUCGUCGUCUUCAUCAUAAUUUUGGACAUUCUUGUUUGUUUUGUUAGGUGAUUUACUAGGGCUUCUUUCUAAUUUUCAUAUAUAAACCCUUAUAUAUAUUCACACAUAUAUACAUGUGGUUUCCAUGUCCUCCUCACUCAA